AAGUCACAUGACCACUUCUUCUUGUUUUACUGUAGCAGAAAAUAUUUGAUUUCCUCUGCUCUUCCUUGACUUCGCAAGACUAUUAUCGAGACGUUAGCGGCUAAUGCAGAAACAGAAACGCCUUUCCAGCCACUAGACUUUAGUCUAAAUACAAAAGAUGAGCAACGAGCCACCAGUGUAGCUAUCUAUAAAUGACCGGAAAACCCGACAGCAGCAAGCAACAUCUGCCUUUUUUCUUUUCUUUUCUUUUUUUUUUUUGACAAGAAACAGAAACUAAAUCCUCGAUAAAUCUGCUUGGCUUGCUAGCAUUAGCUUAGCUUCUGUUUCCCCUAACGUUUACAUCAGCUGUAGGCAGUAGCCGCGGUCAUGUCGAAAUAUACCAGCUUCCCCGAACCGACGGAGGACCAGAACCCUUUCCAGGACCCUGCUGUGACUCAGCAUAGCAGCAACAACGAGUAUGCAACACUGGACCUUUACAACCCGUUUGAUAAACCGGCUGGGCCUCCACCGCCAUAUGAAGCCUCGUCUCCGUCUGCACCUCCGCCUGCGCAGACGCCGCCCAGCAGAACGACACCCACUGAGCCUCGCAACUAUGGCUCUUAUAAUGCACAGCCUGCAGUGAACGCCACCACAGCGGAGCUACUGAAGAAGCAGGAGGAGCUCGAGAGGAAAGCCCAGGAGUUGGAGAGGAGGGAACGGGAGCUGCAGUCACACGGCCUCGGCCCUGGAGCCACUCGUCAGAAUAAUUGGCCCCCUCUGCCUUCCUUCUGUCCUGUGGGGCCCUGCUUCUACCAAGACAUCAACGUGGAGAUCAGCCAGCGCUUCCAGCGUACUGUCACCAUCAUGUACUACUUCUGGAUGUUCUGCGCUUUCACGCUUGCCUUCAACCUGAUCUCAUCCCUGGCUAUGUUCUGUGCGGACACGACCAACGGUUCUGGUUUUGGCCUCUCCAUUCUCUGGGCCCUCCUCUUCACGCCCUGCUCCUUCGUCUGUUGGUAUCGACCCGUGUAUAAAGCCUUCAGAAGUGACAGCUCCUUCAACUUCUUCAUCUUUUUCUUCAUCUUCUUUGCUCAAGUCUGCGUCUUUGUCAUCAUGACUAUUGGGAUCCCCGGAUCAGGAUUCAGCGGCUGGAUUGUGAGCCUGGCUCUUCUGAAUAAAAGCACUGGCGCUGGUGUGCUCAUGAUUUUGAACGCCACCCUCUUCACUGCCCAGACCGCCAUGGGGGUUUUCCUGCUAAAGAAGAUCCACAGCAUGUACAGGCAAACCGAUGCCAGCUUCCAGAAGGCUCAGGCUGAGUUCGCCACUGGAGUCAUGUCCAAUCAGGCCGUACGCCAAGCAGCUGCCUCUGCUGCCCAGGGGACCUUCACUGCACCGCGAUAGGACAACGGGAUGAGGCGCCGCUUUUGGAUUGGCAGAGUCGCUUCUGCGAAAGCGGGGGUCAAUUGAAAUACCUCCGUGAAAGUUAAAAUUUGAGUAGUCGUGCAUGAGUUUUCGGAUUUUGUAAGUGUACAGGACGAGCUGCGCACAUUGCCAAACUGACUUAACCAAAAACGCAAAGGUUGAAAUUGUGUAAAUUAUAAAAACAAUGCUGUCAAAUUGUCAGAGAAGGAAGGAAACAAUGCUGCUUGUGUACCCAGCUUGUUGAAAUAACUACACUUAUGUUGAAAUGUUGCCACUUUUACCUUUAUAUCUUCAUAUCUACAACUCAUCUGCUCAUCCUAAAACAGUGUUUUUGUUUUGCCUAAAUGUUAAAUAACAAAAUAUUUAGUUGUUGUUACAGAUAUAAAUACUACUUAGCUCUAUUGCCAAAUCUUCUCACACUGUAAAGAGGAAAUGUUUUGUUUCUGCUACAAUAUGUGAUUGUUCUGUUGAAGCCUAAUGUGAUUAAGAUUAGAACUGUUUUGGUAUUAAUAAAAAAAAAUAUCGCCAUGCUUUCACAGUCUACAGCUGCUUUCACUUCUUUAGUUGAAUUGCAAAAAUAAUUAUUUUUAAAUAAAAACUGAUUUGAUCAGGAUGGAUCUUUGCCCACGGUGCCUCUGUGUCAGGGGGUGGCAUGAGUUUGCCAGUAUUCAGUGGUUUAUUUACAUCUCUUAUAUUUGGAUUCUUAGUCAUUUAUAGCUUCUUCUGUAGAUUUUUAAAAAUUAUUUCCUUUUAACUUCAUGUUUCUGAGAAAUUCACAGACAGCAGCCAUUUCUUAUGUAUGUUGUAGGUCAGGCUGAGGGAUUUGGGUAUUUUAAGAUGUGAUAAAACGUCAAGCCUCAUCGCUCUUCUCUGAAGCUGUGUACAAAUUUUGCCUGUUUUUUUUCUUUUGGAAGUUUAGGCAAUUAAAAAUAAACAUUUUUGUGAUGA